AUGGAUGCUACAGGUAGCAAACGACCUCGUAGCCAUGGAAUAACAGACAAGCAACCUUUUGUAUCUCCCUAUGUUGAAAUCUCAGGGGACAGUUGUGAAAAUGCAAACUGUUCUCAUUUGCCUUCAAGGGCAGGAUCCGUCAACAGUUUUCUUCAAGAAGCGGAAAUCAUAUCGCCAGCAUCCGAAAUUCGUACAACGAAAGCUCAUGAUCUUAUGCGAAAAAAAUUACGAUACUUUUUUAUGAACCCGAUCCAAAAAUGGAGAGCGAAAGGCCGUUUUCCGUGGAAACUUUGUUUGCAAGUUGUAAAAAUAGUCGUCGCAACUGCGCAGCUGAUAUUAUUCGGCUUGCAUAGUUACAGGUAUGUUAGACAACAUCUUGAUAUGACAACGGCCCUGAGUCGUAUUUUAUUGAAAGAUUGGGCUGCCGAUGUAACUGUGUAUCCUCCUAGUAGUGGACCCUAUGCUGUUUACACUAUUCCCGGCUUUUAUGAGAACAUCGAUAACAUUAUUAGACAAUUUUCAAAAAUUAGUUCAAUGUCCAUAGCUCCUUAUUCUUACGAUUCUGCAAAUGGAUCUUUAACUUCUUUGUUUUUUUGUGCUAAACAAUACAAUGGUGAGCUCUAUCCUGAAAACUCGACCAUAGAAAUACAUGAUUUACCUCAAGAACAUUGUGAAACAAUCCCACCUUUAUACCCAGCUAACAGUCCUUUAUGGGAUACAUUUUCAUUAGAGGAUUAUUUAAAUCAGACUGAUUUCUCAUUGAAUUUUAGGAUGCUGGUAAAUGCUCAGCUACGUUUCAAGUUACGGACUGUGUUUAUUAAAUCCAUGACAAAGUUGGAUGUUCCUGAAUGUUAUCAACUCCACAUAAUCAUUACAUAUGAUAACAGCGAACAUGAUGGUCAAGUUUUAAUAUCCAUGAAAAUACACUCAACGCAAGUGUUGUGUCACAUUGAUUCCAAAGUACCAGAUAAAGGAGAAAAUGCCAGUUACCUGGGAAGACAAGUUUUAAACAGUUUCGUAAUACUCUUAUGCUUGGUUUCUGUUAUCUUGUGUGUCAGAUCUUUGUUCCGUGGAUACAUGCUAGGGCGUGAAACUGUAAAGUUUUUCAAAUCUUAUUUUAGCAAAGACAUACCAACCUGGGAGUUUAUCGAUUUUCUAGAUUUUUGGUACAUCAAUAUUGUGAUAAGUGACAUUAUGCUUAUUUUUGGAUCAUUGAUUAAGUUACAAAUUGAAGAAAAAAGUGCUCACCGCAGUGAAUUUUCCAAAUGUACAAUUCUUCUUGGUGUUGGAAAUUUGCUCAUAUGGGUUGGGUUGUUACGAUAUUUAGGCUUCUUUCCUAAAUACAAUAUGCUCAUUCUGACCGUGAAAAGGGCUUUGCCAAACGUUAUGCGCUUUACUCUCUGUGCUGUGUUGUUAUAUUUGGGGUUUUGUUUUUGCGGGUGGUUGGUUCUAUCGCCAUAUCACAUCAAAUUUGAAACGUUGAGCAGAACAUCUGAAUGUUUAUUUGCCGUCAUGAAUGGUGAUGAUAUGUUUGCUACUUUUGCCCUGGUGGAUACAGGAAAUCAUUUGAUUUGGUGGUUUAGUCGUUUUUAUUUAUAUUUAUUCCUCUUGUUAUUUGUAUAUGUUGUUAUAUCCCUAUUUAUUUCUGUGAUAAUGGAUACAUUUGAAACUAUUAAGUUUACAUAUAUGCAUGGUACUCCCCCUCAAACGGUGGUGGAGUUUUUCCUUUCUGCAGAAUCAAGCUCAGUAUUUUCAAAUGAAGAAGAGAUGGAUGAAUUAGAGCUUCCAGAAACAAGUUCUUUAGUGCACUUGUGGUUCAAGUUCAAAUCAUACUUUCAGUAUCGUUUCCGUUUGUAAAAAUUAUAUUUCAUAGCAUGUACAUAAGGAAGUUGCAGCAUCUCUGUUGUCUAUAAGUUUGGUUUUAAUUCAUUUCAUCAUCAUCAUCACUUUAGUUUCAACUUAAAGUCCCCCCAAAAAUACACAUUUUUAAAUUUGAAAUUUAAUUUUAAGCUGUCUGUUAUUACAAUUAAAGUAAAUGUUAUAAUACAUGUAAAAAGAACAGGGGUUAAACUUUUCUGAGGCUGCACCAGAAUUCCAGGGUUUUUUAAUUGAUAAAUCUUGGGAUUUUGGUAAAAAACUUAUGAAUAUUUUGUCAUAAUUUGCUAAUGUCUAUUCGAAAUAGCUGUUAUUCAAAAUAUAAAUUAAUUCUUUAAAUGUAGUUUUCAACCUGCAGUCCACUGCGUGGAUUUCAAUGGCCCACCUAACAGUUGAGUUUAAAUAUGGCAUUUGAAUAACCACUAGUGUAUCAAAUGGUACUUAUUACAUUUUAAUAUAAUAGCAAUUUGCAGGAGAAAUUUAAACUUUGGGCAGUUGGGUUUUAAUUCAUUGUACAGUAACCUCUCGUUACAUUACGCUUGUUGUGAGACAACAAAAAAGCACGAUAUGUCCGAAAAUGCAAUAUAGCCGCUUUAAUUAAUGCAAAAACUAAUUACAUGUGCCUCUACAAAAAUAUUAGUUCAUCAUCAUACCAGGAACAUUUUCUUAAUAAAAUGAAAGGGAAAUUACUCGACCAAUUUUUCUUUAAAAUAUAUAUAAAUAUAUAUAAUAUAUUAAACACAUUUUUAGGUUUGUGGUUGAAUAUGAAUCGAAAUCUGCAGCUGAAACUGUAACAAGCUAAGUGUACGUAAAAUAUGCCAGUUUUGUUCAUUGAUUGACGAAAGAAGAAAAAAUAUUUUUUUCUGAUCAAUAUUAAGAGAAAAAAAAUCUGUGAUCUCAAAUGCAAAGCAACAUUUAAAAAAAUUCUCUAUAAUUUCUUAGGAGACAAAGGAAAAGCGCGAUAUAUCUGAAUCAGCAAUAUAACGAAGCAAGAUGUAUUGAGGUGCUAAUGUAUGUUAAAAAAGAUCCAAUUUCAUGCUCUGCCUCAUACAUCCCUUUUUGGCAGCUCUUACUUCUGUGAGGGAAUUGUCACUAAAACUUAGGAAUCAUGCAUCAAUCUCAUCUCGAAAUUCUCUUCAAUCUGCUUCAUCACUUAUAUAAGUCAAUGUUGAAAAAUUAGUAAAAGAGAAAUAAUGCCAGAUUUCUCAUUGAACUAAAAAAAGCACCUUUUUGAUCAUUUUAAUUUAAUUUUGUGUUUUGUAACAAAUAUUAGUUUUUUUUUUUUAAUCAUGUUUUGCUAUUUCAAUUAUGCUGUGUUGAAGAUCUAUUUUCACUGUAAUAUGAAUACUUAUUGUAAAACUUUACAUUGUCUGCUUCUAUAUUGAAGUAUGUAUAAUUUGGUCAAUGCAGCCUUCAAACCCUUCCAUAUAGCGAAAAUGUAGUCCUUUAUUAAAUUAAGGUUGAAGACCACUGCUGUAAAUAAUGCAACAUAAAAUGCAUUAUCAAUAGAGGAAUCUGGGGCACACUGGGACAUGGCCCACCUUGGGACACCAUAAAUUUCAGCUGUAAUUUUGUAAACAAAUUAGUUUUCUUUGGACAUCAUAGAUGACAAUGUAAAUUGGAGCAUGAGGCAGUUUAAAUAUGUCCUUUCAUAAUAAUUUAAAGAUUAAAAAAUGCAUUGUGCUGAUAAGCCUAACUUUUAAAAGGUUGAUACAUAAUAACUACCUAAGUGGGACAGGUUGGGACACGGUGUACAGUACAGAAAAAGCCUAUUUCGUUGAACUUUAUAAAUUUGAUAAAGGGUUUAAAUGAACUAAUUUAAGAAAAAUGCUUCUGCUCUUAAACCGCAGCAGAAAAUGUUCUUAGUAAUAAAAUUUUAAUUAAAGAGGCUGUAAAACAUAUGAAUUGAGUAAAAGAACUCUUAAAACAGUAUAUAAGUAAAUUUAAAUUGAAUAUGAAACCUAAUGUAAUUUGUUGGGCUGUAAGUUUGUAAAUAAAGCUUUUUUAAUCAAUUGAGAUUAGUAAUUUUUAUUUAUUUAAGUUUUUUUGCUAGGUGUCCCAAGGUACCCCACCUAGCGGGGCAGGUUGGGACAUUGUAAUGGCUUUUUAAUUUUUAUUAUGAAAAUUUAUUUUGAUGAAAUAAUGGAGUAAAAUAAAAUUUAAUUGAAGCAAAAAUGACUGAAUUACAUGUUCAGCUAAGUUUGUAGAAAAUUGAUUUGAAAACUAAAUUUCUAAAAAUUAUUAUCUAAAGUGUCCCAAGGUGCCCGACUUUCCUCUACUUAUUCUCUUCCAGUGACUAUUCACAAUGUUUCUCUUUCAGAAAAGAAAUUUUUUCCCCCCUCAGUUGCAAAUAUAAUAAUUAAGAAAACACCCCUCUAAUCUUGGCAGGAAGAGAGCAAUAGUUUCCUCUUUGACCAAUUUUGAUUAAGCACCUGUUCUGUUCAUAUUGAUGGAGUAUGUAGUUCUUAUCAAGGUUUUGGGCCCUAGGUUAGUUUUACCCUUGUGUUAGGUACUCAGUUAUAACAAACAGUUACUUGUUACAAUAAGUUACAAGAGUUGUGAAAAAAAAAAAAGAAAAACGAUCAACUUAAAUUUUUGUAUUAAAUCCCAUGCCAGUGACUAUCGCCAAAGAGUGAUUGGCAUGCCUAUGAUUAAUCAUUGAUAAGACCACCUGAAGUGAAGUGCCUAGUAAUCUUUAUUUUUAUUUUGAACUUGUUGAAAGAAAAAAAAGUUAAUGACAUACAAAAUUUGCCAUGUGGUUGAAUCAUAAGUAUCCACCUUUAUUUCCAAUUGCAUUCCCAAAAAUAAUUUUUUAUUAUGAUCUACCUUACUAUUGUUGGCACUCUGAAAACUACAAAAAUCAAUUAUUUUAUACACGCUUGCCAAAUUGUUCACAAAUGAUGCUUCACGAAGAAAACUUGUUUGGGGUUGUCCAUAAAUGUCACUUUUUUUCAACAUAUUCGACUACUCUCUUGCUCUUUGCUUGUUUACUAAGCAUUAUAUUUCAUCUUACUCACUCCCCUAGGAGUGUUAAAUAAACACAUUGUUAUAAUUUUUUUAUUCCAACCAAAAUGUGAUGCCAUCAUUCUUAUUAACCAACUACCCCACCCAUCACAAUUUCAAACUCCCCUUUCCUCGCAAAGUGUCGGAUCAUUUUUGGAUGACCCCUCUUGAUAACACUCUUGAUUAUAGAAACCCUUGUCAGUGCAGAC